CUGAAAAGAAGUAAACAGAAUAUGUUAACAAAUCUGACUGGAAAACUCCUGAUCAUCCUGAAUUCACAGUUUCUCUUCAGCCUGUCUCUUUUCUCAAAGUGGAAAUAUUUCUCUGAAGGCGAUUGUCAGUAUGGGCCACACUUUGCUCUGUGUGCUGCCCUUACCAUUUCUUAGUUUACUGCUUUGCUGUGGAGACAUUCAAGCAUGGCUUCCUCUCCUGACUGUGUCUCCAUCAUGGCUGAGUCCUGGAGCCUCAGUCAAUCUAAGCUGUAGGGUUAAAGCUCCAUCUCCAGGUUGGGUGUUCUACUGGUAUGAAGCUGUUCCUGAUUUACUGAGCAAGAACUAUAAAUAUAAGCUGCUGCCUGAUAGCAUCAAUGGGAUUGUAGAGGACUUCUACAUCAUCUAUGGACAGAGACACACAGCAGGAUAUGCAUGUAGAGCUGGAAGAGGAAACCCAGAAUAUUUAACUGAUUACAGUGAACCAAAGUUUGUCUGGUCUGCAGAUUCUCAUCCAGAAGCUUCUCUCACAGUGAGACCUGACAGAGAAAAACUUUUCACCUUAGAUUUUGUCCAGAUGAACUGUCAGGGAAACCUUGCUGGGUGGAGAGUGAGAAAGUUUGAAAUAACUGGAUAUUCAACAUAUUUAACAGACUGCUCCAGUUGGGGGACAAUGACUGGAUCCUCAUGUACUGUUAACAGGUCCUGGUCCAGUAAUGCAGUGUACUGGUGUGAGUCUGGAUCAGGAGAUUUUAGCAAUGCAGUCAACGUCACUUUACACAAGCCAGAGUCUGUCCUAACUGUGUCUCCAUCAUGGCUGAGUCCUGGAGCCUCAGUAACUCUAAGCUGUAAAGUUGGUCCUCCAUCUGCUGAAUGGAGGUUCUACUGGUUUAAGGCUGUCCCUGAUCCUUCACACAGAAAGUACAAAUACGAGGUUUUACCUGAUAGCAUCAGUGGGACUGUACAGGACGCCUACAUCAUUCAUGGACAGAAACACACAGCAGGAUAUGCAUGUAGAGCUACAAGAAGAAACCCAGAGUAUUCAACUGAUUACAGUGAACCAAAGUUUGCUUGGUCCAGAGAUUCUCAUCCAGCAGCAUCUCUCAGCAUUAGUCCUCACAAAGAAAAACAUUUCAAUAUAGAUAAUGUCAAUUUAAAUUGUCAGGGAAACUCUGUUAAGUGGAGAGUGAGGUUUGAACUACCUGGAAAUAAAACUGAUCUAUCUUACUGUUCCAACUGGGGGACAAUGACUGGAUCCUCAUGCACCAUUAAAAGCCACAGGUCCCACAGAGCAGUGUACUGGUGUGAGUCUGAAACAGGACAGUUCAGCAAUGCAGUCAACAUCACCAUACAGACACCACAGUCUGUCCUGGCUGUGUCUCCAUCAUGGCUGAGUCCUGGAGCCUCAGUAACUCUGAGCUGUGAGGUUAAACAUCCAUCAGCAGGAUGGAGGUUCUACUGGUAUAAAACUGUUCCUGAUCCAUCUAACAGCUUCUACAGAUAUGAUCUGCUGCCUGACAGCAUCAAUGUGACUGUAGAGGACUCCUACAUCAUUCAAGGACAGAGACACACAGCAGCAUAUUCAUGUAGAGCUGGAAGAGGAAACCCAGAGUAUUUAACUGAUUACAGUGAACCAAAGUUUGUCUGGUCUGCAGAGUCUCAUCCUGCAUCGUCUCUCACAGUGAGUCCUGACAGAGAGCAACACUUCACCUCUGAGUCUGUAACCCUGAACUGUGGAGUAAACUCUGCUGAGUGGAGAGUGAGGAGGUUUACAGAUGUCUGGUCAGAUCUGUCCUACUGCUCUGACUGGGGGAAAAUGACUGCAUCCUCAUGUACCAUAAACAGUGACUGGUACUGUAAAGCAGUGUACUGGUGUGAGUCUGGAUCAGGAGAGUUCAGCAAUGCAGUCAACACCACAGUACACAAUGGAGAUCUUCUCCUGGUGAGCCCCAUCUAUCCUGUGACUGAGAGAGCUUCUGUCAGUCUGAGCUGCAGACUGAGAGGACAAAACACAGUUUCUAAUGUGAUUUUCUAUCACAAUGACAAAAUGGUACAAAAUGACAGCAGAGGGGAGCUGAACAUCUCUGCAGUGUAUCAGUCAGAUGAAGGUUUUUACAAGUGUGAACAUUCAGGAAAGGUUUCACCACAGAGCUGGAUGGCAGUUCAAGCUGCAUCCAGACCUGGAAGCUCUUCACUUCCUUUGUCGUUGGUUUUUGGACCAGUCAGUGGAGUGGUCCUAGUUAUUCUCCUGCUCCUUCUGUGUCGCUACAAGCAGUCCAGAGACUCUGCUAGCCUGAGACCCUCUGAAGACCCUGGAAAUGGUCUACAUGAAUGUCAGCAUGUCACUUAUGCUCACGUUGAUUUUAAACAUUUUGAAAAUAAGAGGAGGCAGGAUGGACCAGAGACGGUCACCAUUUACUCUCAUGUGAAGACAGGAGCGGCUGGAACAGUCAGCAGCAACAUUCAGUGCUUACCAUAAAAUCUCUCCUUAGAUCAAGUAUUGCUGAAGAAUGCUGCAGGUUGCAGAUCGUCAACACAUAUCCUGCUCUGUAUUGGUGUUUUCAUUUCUUACAUUUCAUUAUCUGUUUUUUUUUUUAUAAUGUGCUACAAAACUUGUAUAAACGUGUUUAAAUUGUGAGCGUAUACCUGAUCUCUACAAAAUGCUUUCUACAGUUUCUACAGUGCAAAUAUUUUUCAUCAUCAUGUUUGUCUUUUUGGGGGUAAAAACAUGCUUUCUGAUGACUUGGAAAAAGGAAAUAAAUAAUUGUUUCAAA